AUGAAUGUGGAUGCAGACAAGGAGUUCAACCAGAUAAGCAAAAUUCUCAGGAAAGAGCACCGGUCGACGCGAAAUCGUAUCCAUUCGAUUCUGUACGACUCGGAGUUUGUGGUAAAUGUUGCCAACAGGUAUCCAUACCCGGUGGUAGCUAACGAGCGCUGUGGAUCAUGGUACGUCCGUCCAGACGAUCUGGACGAGACGUGCUACUUUAAGUCCACCGAUGGACACACUGAUAACUGGGACUUUAGCACGCGACGUUUGAAUUUCCAUCUUUUGCCCAUCAUAGCUGAAAAUCACGGAAUCAUCAUAGUCGACUCCACGAGACGGGGCAAGAAAAUCCCCGACUCCCAAAGCAAGACGAUCCCGAUCUGGUGUGCUGUGUUGAACGCCAUCCGUGAGAAUUCGACGGAAGGCGAGCUGUUCACUCCAUUGAAAACUGUGGCUCGUUCAGAACAUAUACGAAUCACACAACUGCUCCCGUCUUUAAUACAAAAGGUCGCCAGUCUGGACAUCAUCAGCUCCGAAUACCUGCGCAGUCUGUUCCCCAAGCCUCUUAAACCGGUUUGGAUCACGCCGAGCUCGAAAGUGUUGCCUCCUCUUGAGACACCAGAUCAGCUACCCUACAUCCCUGUGAUCUUGGUGACGGCCAGUUUCCGAUGUCAGGACGGGACCCGCCCCAUGGACGGCUACCUCUACGUCCAGGGAGCAGCCGACGACCAUGAGCUCUGGUCCAGCGGGCUCACACCGGCUAUGCUAUGGCAGCACCUGGACUAUUUUGAAAAUAAAGAGCACACAGAAACCCAGCUGCAGGAGUACAUCGCCAGCAUCAAACCGACUGCCGCUCCUUCCACUUCGAUCUUUGACAAUCUGGUUCAAAUCACGCCGCUGCUGGCCAAGGGAAAACUCUCGUCCAUGCACAUCUCGUCUUUUCCGCAGUUUGACUACCUUGUCGUACUAGACCAGGCCGUGACUUUCAAGUCACGUGAACAUAAUUGCAACCCGAAACUUCUCCAUCUCCCGCUGGACUCGCAGUCCAAGAAGUCGGGCAAGGACCUGCGGAACAGACUCCCUGGUAUUGUCCCAGAGCUGGUGAAGGCACUCUCCGACUCAAAAUCGGUUCUGGUGCUCUGCAAAACAGGAACAGACCUGGCUGUUGGAGUGGUGCUAUGUCUGCUCUGCACGCUCGACAACCACCAGAUAGACAAGGCCAUCAUCAGAAAACAUCUCGUACGCAUUAUCGACUUGGACAAGGCCGUGAACCCAAGUCGCGCUACACUUAAUUCGGUAAACAGUUACUUAAUGUCAUAA